AUGGCCGCCAUCAACUGGCGAACGAUCAACAUCGAUGCGCUCGACCCCGAGGCAUCCACUAACUUCGACCUCGCCUCCCUAUCCCCUCCCGUCGCGCAAGUCUCCGCCUCCGACGUCCAGAACCUGGCAGGGCAGAUUAGGCAGCUGUUACGGGGCGGGGACACCGAGGGUGCGUUACGGGGGGCGUUGGAGAGUGCGCCAUAUGGGUCGGAUGAACGAGGCAAGGAGCUGCAUCUUGCUACUGUGAUCGAGAUCCUCCAGUCAAUCCGACAAUCGGACAUGACGCCCCUUCUACAACGGAUAUACCAGUCACCCGGUGGCUCCGAACUGCUCGAUGUGCUCAUGAAAUACCUAUACAGAGGAAUGGCCCAAGCAACCCCCUUAGGAUCCAAAACCGAUUCGCCGCAGCCCACGGGUUUCUCACAAAUUUCCGGACGCGGGACCGCCGAGGGCGGUGGGCAGGCGAUGAGCGUGCUGCUCAGCUGGCAUGAGAAGACCGUGGAGAUUGCCGGGCAGGGGAGCAUCGUGCGCGUCAUGACGGACCGGAGGACGGUGUAG